UGCAUUCGUUAUAUAAAAACUAGUUUCAUUGCUAUUUAGUUUCGGUAAUAGUGUCGUCUUGUUCAAUCGAAAUCAUGAAUCGGGCUGGUUCGUCGAAGUCUAGUCAACAUAACCUCACUUCAAUCCCGUACAGCCUUGUACAGAAUGAUCUUUACAUCUGUGAACCGACAUUGUAUACCGUCAAAGGUAUGGCUAUACUUGAUAACGACGGCAACAGAAUCCUUGCUAAAUAUUACGAUAAAAACAUAUUCCCAACAGCGAAGGAACAGAAAGCAUUUGAAAAGAAUCUCUUCAAUAAAACCCAUAGAGCCAAUGCAGAGAUUAUUAUGCUUGAUGGUUUAACUUGCGUUUAUAGGAGUAACGUAGAUUUAUUUUUCUACGUAAUGGGAAGUUCGCAUGAAAAUGAGUUGAUUCUGAUGAGUGUUCUCAAUUGUUUGUAUGAUUCCGUGAGUCAAAUUCUUAGAAAAAAUGUUGAGAAAAGAGCAGUGUUAGACAGCUUAGACAUAGUAAUGCUAGCGAUGGAUGAAAUUUGUGAUGGAGGGAUCAUUUUAGAUGCCGAUGCUACUAGUGUCGUUCAAAGGGUCGCAUUAAGGACUGAUGACAUACCACUUGGAGAACAAACAGUUGCACAGUCCCUGAUUGUAUUGCAAUCGGCAAAGGAGCAGCUAAAGUGGUCAUUAUUAAAAUGAAUUCUUUAUAUAUUAUAGCAAUGUUAUUUUUACAGUCAUAAAAAAAAUUUUAUAAAUAUUAUCACAAUUGCUGUUGCAUAUUAUAGAAAUAAUAUGUAAAUAAAUUAUCAACUUAGA